AUGAGAUCCUCUAUGUCUCGGAAGACCUACUCCACCAAAGGGGGCUUCAGCUCCAACUCUGCCAGUGGAGGGGGUGGGUCUCGGACCCACACCAGCUUCAGCUCCAUGACCAUGUCCCGAAGCAGUGGCAGUGGCGGGGGGCUCCGCUGCAACCCCAGUAAAGGAGGCUUUGGCAGCCGGAGCCUGUAUAACUUGGGAGGUAGCAAGAGCACCUGGGCCAAUGUGGCCGGAGGAGCCUGCUCGGGACGGGUUAUGGGGGGCUUUGGUGUCAGUGGAGGGGCCUAUAUGGGCCUGGGGGCAGGCAGGCAGACAUUCGGGCCCACUUGCCCUCCUGGCGGGAUCCAGGAGGUCACUGUCAACCAGAACCUACUGACCCCCCUCAACGUGGAGAUAGAUCCGGAGAUCCAGCGAGUGCGCACCCAGGAGCGAGAGCAGAUCAAGACACUCAACAACAAGUUUGCCUCCUUCAUUGACAAGGUGCGCUUCCUGGAGCAGCAGAACAAGGUGCUGGAGACCAAGUGGGCUCUGCUGCAGGAGCAAGGCCAGAACACGGGCAUCACCAAGAACAAUUUGGAGCCCUUCUUUGAAAACUGCCUGAGCAACCUGCGGAGGCAACUGGACAUCAUCCAGGGCGAGCGGGGGAGGCUGGAUUCGGAGCUGAGGAACAUGCAGGAUUUCUUUGAGGACUUCAAGAACAAGUAUGAAGAUGAAAUCAAUAGGCGUACUGCUGCAGAGAAUGAGUUUGUGGUACUCAAGAAGGAUGUGGAUGCAGCAUACUUGAGUCGAAUGGAUCUGCAGGCCAGAGUGAGCUCCUUGACUGAUGAGGUUGACUUUCUGCACCACCUCUACGAAAUGGAGCUGAGCCAAGUGCAGACCCACGUGUCUGACACCAACGUGGUCCUGUCCAUGGACAACAACCGAAAUCUGGACCUGGACAGCAUCAUUGCUGAAGUCAAGGCCCAGUAUGAGCUGAUUGCCCAGAGGAGCCGGGCUGAGGCCGAGGCCUGGUACCAGACCAAGUAUGAGGAACUGCAGGUGACAGCUGGCAAGCAUGGGGACAGCCUCCGGGACACCAAGAAUGAGAUCACUGAGCUGACCCGUACUGUUCAGAGGCUGCAGAGUGAGGCAGAUGCAGUCAAGAAGCAGUGCCAGCAGCUGCAGACUGCCAUCGCAGACGCAGAGCAGCGUGGAGAGCUGGCGCUCAAGGAUGCUCAGAAAAAGCUUGGAGACCUGGAUAUGGCCCUGCAUCAGGCCAAGGAGGACAUGGCACGACUGCUGCGUGACUACCAGGAGCUGCUGAAUGUCAAGCUGGCUCUGGAUGUGGAGAUUGCCACCUACCGUACCCUGCUGGAGGGCGAGGAGAGCCGGAUGUCUGGAGAAUGUCAGAGUGCCCUUAGCAUUUCUGUGUCUGGCAACUCCACCACUGUGAGCGGAGGCGGCUCAGCUGGCAUCGGGUGUGGCAUCUCCCGGGGUGGGGGAGGCAUCAAAGGUGGCUUAAGUACCAGUGGGGGCUAUAGCUCUUCCAAGGGGGGAGUCACUUCCGGGGGCACCUCCAUCCUGCGGAAGACCACCACGGUCAAGACAUCCCACCGGAGGUAUUAG